CAGAAGCAGGGAGGAAGAAUCAGGUGAUGCCUUUCCCCCACCCCGCAUCCCCUUUAUAUAGCUCCUUCAGCAUCUCCUUCAGGCAGACUCAAAAGAUUUCUGAACAAGUCGGCUUGGCCAGAACAGCAGAGAAGAGACAACCAUCAUGACAUCAGUGAGUGAAGUCAACAAGAAUUCUCUGGAGAGAAUCCUUCUGCAGCUGAAAUGCCAUUUCACAUGGAACUUAUUUAAGAAAGAAAGUGUCUUGCAUGAUCUAGAAGACAGAGUGUGUAACCAGAUUGAAUUUUUAAAGCCUGAGUUCAGAGCUACAAUGUACAACUUGCUGGCCUACAUAAAACACUUAAAUGGUCAGAACGAAGCUGCCUUGGAAUGCUUACGGCAAGCUGAAGAGUUAAUCCAGCAAGAGCGCACCAGCCAGGCAGAAGUCAGAAGUCUGGUCACCUGGGGAAACUACGCCUGGGUCUACUACCACCUGGGAAGACUCUCAGAAGCUCAGGUUUAUGUAGACAAGGUGAAACAAGUAUGCGAGAAGUUUUCAAAUCCUUACAGUAUUGAGUGUCCUGAGCUUGACUGUGAAGAAGGGUGGACACUGCUAAAGUGUGGAAGAAAACAAAACGAAAGGGCAAAAGUGUGUUUUGAGAAGGCUCUGGAAGGGAAGCCCAACAACCCAGAAUUCUCCUCUGGACUGGCCAUCGCGAUGUACAGUCUGGAUGAUAAGCCACAGCAGCAGUUCUCUGUCGAUGUUCUCAAGAAGGCCAUUGAGCUGAGCCCUGACAAUCAGUAUAUCAAAGUUCUCUUGGCCCUGACACUGCAGAAGAUGAAUGAAGACACUGAGGGGGAGCAGUUGGUUUUAAAGGCCCUAGAAGAAGCUCCUCGCCAAACAGAUGUCCUUCGCAAUGCAGCCAAAUUUUACCAAAAGAAAGGUGAUCUAGACAAAGCUAUUGAAUUGUUGCUAAGGGCACUGGAAUCUAUGCCAAACGAUAGCCACCUCUAUCACCAGAUUGAGUCCUGCUAUAGGGAAAAAGGCAAACAAAUUCAGAAGACGGGAGACUCUGAAACUAAUGGGAAUAGGAAGAAGAUUGAAGAACUUCGGGAACUUCCUAUCGACUACAUGAAUAAACCCAUUGAGAAGGGACUAAAUCCUCUGCAUGCAUAUAGUGAUCUCACGAAGCUCCCGGAAAUGAGAGACUGUUAUCAGCUAGCUGUCAGUAAGGAGCUCCCCAACACUGAGAGGCAACAACUCCCUCAGCAUUAUUGCAAUUCUCAGGAGUAUCAUGAGAGGUCUGAAGACACUGGAUGUCCAACAUUAUUGCCCAUAGGCACAAAAUCAACUGAGAAGGAAAAGAUGAAAUGCCAACUACAGAAUGUAGCUGAAAAUCAGGUCCCACAAAAUGCACCAAAUUCUUGGUAUCUGCAAGGAUUAAUUCACAAGAUGAAUGGAGAUCUUCUGCAAGCCGCUGAAUGUUAUGAGAGGGAACUGGGCCGCCUACUAAGGAACAGACCUUCAGGCAUAGGCAGCUUUCUCCUGCCAGCAUCUGAGCUUGAAGAAGGCAGUGAGGAAAUGGGCCAGGGUGCAGACAGUGCUACUCUCAGAGAGCUCUCCAAGCCCUGAGCUGGAACAGAGAGGAAGGAAAGGAGUCUGGAACAGCGGCCAUGAUGCAGAGAAGCAUGGGAAGGCAGGAGUUUCCCAAUCUGAGCUUGCUGAGCAAGACGGUCUUGUUUAUUGCUUUAAGGCACAUUUUUAGAGAGUUGUUUUCUCAUGUCUGUCUUCGCUGUCCAUACCAGCCAUAUACUGUUCUCUAAGUCUGCCGGCCUUAGGACGAACCACUAGCAGAAACAGUGCUUCAGGCCUGCAUGAUACCCCUAGUUCUCCACAUAGUCCCCAUUUCUGCCUUUUUUCCUAGGGUCAUAACUGGUGACUACUGCCAACAGAAUCUCACAUCCUUCAUCUCAUUACCAUCUAACCUUCUGGGCCUCCUGGAAGACUAGCUUUUAACCAACGCCUGAAUAUUCCUUAUGUUUUGCUCUUGGCUUUGGCUAUGUAUUAAUAUGUAUUUUUGAUAGUGAUACUAUAAUAAAUACAUAUUCUUGAUAGUAAUGCUACAAGAAAUUUUAAAAUUUUAA